GUCGGCUGAGCAGCAUGAGCAUAAAUACGGAGGACAUUGUGCACAGUGAGGAGCAGCUGAGGAAUACUCUCCACUGUGAUGACAAGGAGAAGCUUCGCAGGAAGUUGGCACAGUUACAAAGGGAGUAUCUCAAGACAGCCCAGAGACUAAAGCGGGCCGAGCGACAGGAAGUGAUCCAAAGGCAUGUCAAAAGUCGGAUCUCCCAUCAGAACCACCAGAGAGACCCGGAAGAUGCAUCGAACCCAAGUCUCAACUCGUCCACACAAAUACUGAACACAAGCAGAGGGAACGAUGAAGACACAGCUCAGCAGGAGAACACUGAAGCAGAUUGUGAUGCAUCUAGGAGGAGCCAGGUGAUCCGGUUUAUACUUCCCUCGGAUAAUGCUCGUCCACAAACCUCAGAUUCCAGUCAAGACUCAUCCAGAGGUCACAGACACAAUCCUGCCCUGCGCCUUCGGUCACAACGGAGCCGUUUACGCUGGGAAAGAAGGAGCGCGGAGGCCAGCAGGACCACAAAUGACAGCCAAAAUGGACAGGAGCAGGGCGACAGGCUGCUAAGUGCUAAAACGGCAGAGGAGGAGACAACAGUCAAGUCAAGGGAGGAUGCAGAUGUCGGGAAUGAAAGUGAAGAACUGUUCUCUGGUACAGAGGCCGAGUCAUUCUCCCUGCUGCUUACGCACUGGAACUCGCAAGGGUGCAACGAACGAGGAGAUAAAGAGGGAAAGGACAGCCAAAGAAACCACAAACAAAGGGAAAAAGAGACUCACUCGGAAGUUGAAGGGAAUUGCUGUAAACAUGCUCUAACCACUGAAGAAAGAGCACAAAAUGUUGUACAAAAAGUAGAGGAUGUUGCCAGUAUUGGAGGACAGGAAGAAGUAAAGUCAUGUAAAGAGAACGGUAAAGAAAACACUGAGGGAAAUGAAGGUGAAACAAUAGAAAAUGAGAAAAAUUAUGAUAAUGUGGAAAUGAAAGAAAAAAAGAGCAGGAUCACAGGAGAUGAAAAAACAGCCAGCCUCUUAGACUCCUGCACGCUAGUGGAGGGACUUCUUUACCCAGCGGAGUACUACGUUCGAACCACAAGACGUAUGACAUUUUCACAGAGCCAGCCUGACAUGCAAGCUGUGAUCCUCUCCCAGCUGAGCAUGGGGCGGCGCCGCAGGAGUCGCGGUAGUGCCAGAGGACCCGGCAGGGACGCACACACCAGUAAAUGUUCAGAUCAGCAUGCUCGCACAGAUUUUUCUUCUCCAGUGGCUGCAUCCACAUCUCAAAAUAGUCCUUACACAUCUCCUGCUCCCAACGCAUCUGGGGAACCUAGUCAAAGUUCCUGUAAGAUUUUAAAUCCCACUCCAGACUUUGACAUGGACUCCGAUUUUUGCUUUUCACCCAAAGUUACCGCUGCCCGUCCACCUCGAGGCAGGAGGAAAAGCAGAGGUAGAGGCAGGGGGAGAAGUCUGACCCCUCAAUCUCCUCUUAAUUUAGACUCCCACCAACUCGUUUGUAAACAAGCAUCAGGAGAAGCCCAGGCAACCAUCACCUCGGUGUCUUCCUCCCAGUUGCCUGCAUCCACCUGCAACCCAGAUUCCCAGCCUUCUUCUGGAGUUAAGGGAGCUCCAUCUAGUUCUGCAUCGGAACAUUCUGAAAAGGUCUAUCCCAUCUUUCUGAAAAGCGAAAUCAAGGCUGACCGACCCCCGCCGGUGAACAGAGACCCAUCAAGCUGGACGUUUCUCCUCUUGCCCUCCUCUUCACCAGCACAAACAUCCCUGCUGCCUCUCUCCUCCCUGUCCUCUGUCUCACUGCUCAGCAGCCUGAAGAACAUGGACUUCUACCAAGAUUUCCAUCUACCAGAUGACCAGUUUGCUUCCCUGAAGCUGCACAAACUUCGCCAGGUUGCUGUGGAGUCGGGAGUCGAACAAUUUUUAUCACCGUACCACAACACACGCAGCAGCUCCCGACGCUUGAACCCACUUUACAGCGAUCCGUUGACGCCUCCUCCUCUCCCACUCAGUGCCACGCCCACCGUCACAAGUUCAUCCUGUGUGAACCAGGAACAAAAAGCUUCUGCGCAGAAGCUCAUAGAUCCCCGGAGACAGAAGUCAACAGAAGAUGCACCCACUGAUGAAAAGAGUAACGGGUCCUUAACUGAGGAGCCGCCUGGUCAAGAUGUUUCAGAAACUGAUGUGGAGCAGCAGACUGAAAACCUCCAUACUGCCAUUCACAGCAGCUCAACGGACUGUGUUUCAAAGGUUCAGCAUUUUACUGAAGACUGUGUGGGUGGACAUAAAGAGCAUGAAACUGUAACUCCAGACAGCAAUGACCAAAGCAGCAUAUCUGCCUGCAGCACAGACGGAUCUAUCAGUCCACGGCUUCAUCAGAGCUCUGCCGACAGGCCAGGGUGCAAAGUGAGUGAGUACGUCAGCGAUGAUGAACUGAAAUCAGAGCAGCCCGUCACUGAAAAACACUCAGGUUGUCAUAGUGCAGUCCAGAAUUUAAGUUUGCAGGGUCAGAUGUCUGAAGCAGAAUAUAAAGAGUUUAAGAGUUCUUCCUCUGAUUAUUCUCAAAAAGAAACACCAGAGCAGCCUCUUGAUUGUGCUGCUUUACAUGCAUGGAACGAAGCAAAAGCUCGAGCAGAGUCUCCUGUUCAAGCCCCGACUUUGCGGCUUAGUUCAGAAGAGUUGAAAGAAGCUGCUGAACCUGACGCAAAGCUCUCUGCAGACAGACUGAUUGAAAAUAAGACCACGUCUCAGCCGCAGCACUCUGAGCUCUCGCUGUGUUCUGCUCCGGCUUCAGCGCCCUGCCCCUUUGUAACCCCACACCUGCCUUCAGCCACUUUAAUUUCCAGCCCAAUCCUGCCUUCCCUAGGAAUCACCCCACACCGGGUUCCCGCCAACCUCCCAGUGUCGUUCUCUCCCUCUGCCCCUUCUCUCACCCUUCCUCCUCCUCAUAGUCCGUCCGGGCAGGUUCUCUCUCCUCCAGCUCUUUCUCCCUGUCCGUCCAUCACCUUCCUCCCCCCCAGCCUGCCUCUCCUGUCCCCCAGCAGGGAGACUCAAGCUUCAUGUGAACCACCAGCUAUGAAUAAUCACAGUCCAAUAGUUGAACCAGCUGCCUGUCCAACUCCACCCAGCUGUAAUCUCCAGAGCUCACCUGAGCAGGCGGGCCUGACAGCAGAGGAAUCUGAGAAGAAACAUACAAUGAGACACCAACACACACUGAAGUCUGCAGCAGGAGGGUUUCUGGUGGAUGUGUGUUGUCUUCUUGGAUCCUCGGGGAGUCUGUGUGUAGCAGCAGCAGGGAAGUGGGCUGUAUGCCUUUGGAGCCAGACUUCAGCAUCGGAUUGGAGCUUAACCCACACCUGGACCUUUCAUGAGCCCGUCAUCAAUGUGUUCCCAGUCCCAGAUGCUGCUGGGAUGAUGUGUGCGACUCUUGGGAAGUUGGAAAUCAGAGAAGUGAGAAUGCUGUCAUGCUCCAGCCUCAUGCAGAUGCCGAUAAGUCAGGGAGUCAUCCAGGCAGUUGUAGGCGUGUCCAGGUCCAGAGUGGUUACGUCCUCUCACUCAACAACAGGCUCCACCCUGCAGGUGUUCACUCUGUCCAACAGCAGCAGUGGACAGAGUUCUCAGCCUCUUGUGUCUCCUGGUGGUUCUGUUGAAGCCCUCGCUCCAGUGGACGGACUUCCUGAUGCCCUGGUUGGCACAGGUGAAGGUGGACACCUCUUCAUUUGGAAUUUAAAGACUGGCCAGUUGCUGUGCAAAGUCCUUCUAGGACAUAGCUUAUCACACACAGCCUGUCUCAGAGGAUAUUCCUAUGCUGGAGUGCUGUUAGUCCUGCUGCAACAUCAGUUUCUAAACUCACUGGAGGAGGAAGGAAAAACAAAAGGUGUGAUGUCCUCAGAAGAGGAGAUGAAGAUGGCUUGGUUCUCUUUGGUCGGCAUCAACCCUCUGAGUGGAAAAUCUGUACGGCUGUCUCAGCUCUAUCCACCGAAAGCCUGGUCUGACAGGCUGUCUGAAGUGGACGUUAACCGCUCCAGCGUGGUGGGCCUGAGUCAGAGUGGCUGCGCGUGCGUGUGGGGACUCGGCCCACAGGGCGCUCCACACCUGCUGGGACCUCCGGAGGGGGAAGGCUGGCAGCUGGCUCGCUGGGGGGAAGGAGACACGCUGGUGAUCGGACAUAAUAACGGAGACGUGUCUUUACACUGCUGGAGUGUGGGUGGGACCACGCUCUGUCGUUAAAAAUACACUCAGAUAACUUUGUUUUAAAAGAAGAGCAUUUAUGUCACUGUGAUGAUCAAAAUAUAUUAACAGGCUCCAACAUCAUAUCAAACUAUUGUCCUCAGACUAAUCUCUAGUUAACUUUGUUUCCUCCGUGUACUGUAUCUACUGUACCAGGGUUUCUCAUAGAAACAUGCUACGUUAUGUCAGUUUGACCAAUUUCAGCAUUCAGGCACAGAAUUAUAUUUCUACAGUUUGUCCACUUUACUGAUCUACGGGUACAUUUUUUACACUGUAAACUGAGCAAAUCCCACAACUCAGUGGCAGCUAGUUAUAAACUCUUUAAAGUUAAGGGAGAAUAAGCUGUUUUUUCCUAGCUUUUGGAAAUAUAUUUUUAUUGUAAAUAAAUCACUCUGAACCUGUUUGAGUGAAAGUGUUGCUUUUAGACCAUUGUUUUAUCAGUCCUUUUUAAAACUACUGCUGUUUUGACUGUUGUUAGUGUGUUUGGACUUUGUUGUAUUUAAUGAAGAAAAAAAGUAUUACCAAAGUUGUAUUAAAAUUUACAUUAAACAUUUAAAAAUGUACUUGAUUGUAUAUUUUUUGUUGAAUUUACAUGGCAGCUGGCUAAAAGCAGUGUUCAGUCAUAUUUUUCCUACCCAUUAUUAAAAUCCGGAAGGAUGGUGCUGCUGCCUCAUUUAUGGGGAAGAAAUGUCAGAAAUGAAUCUUUAAUUAUUGUGAUCAAAGAUCAGUUCAAGGUUUGGUCUUGGAGUAAUAGAAGAUUUUAUGGAAAUGUUUAGUUGCCAAAGUAAAUGUGUCCACAAACGACUGAGUGAAGCUAAUCUGAAAAGAAACCUAAUUAUAAGUCCAUAUUUACUUCAUUCUUGGUAGGUGCAUGAGGUGAGGAUUGGUGACAGAUCUAAGAUUUUCUACAUCAGGGAACAUAAGGAGCCACAGCAGAGGGGCCAAGUACAGU